CUAAUUAUCACAAAUAGAAAAGUAUAAUAUACCAUGUCAAUGAUUUGGAUAUGCUGUACACAAUACACCCAAUAGUACCCAAGUUUUUGUGUUAAAAGUGAUAGCUUGGGAUUCAAUUUCCACCUUGUGCUAUAAAUGCCUCUACAAAUUGGACAAUUAAUCAUGAAGCACAAAAAGAAAAGGGAAAGCAGCCAAGGAAAAUGGGUUCUGUAACGAUGAAGCUACCGAUCAUAGAUUUCUCCAACCUCAAAAACCAACGUGAAACCUGGGAAUCAACGAAAGCCCAAGUCCGGCAAGCCUUAGAAGAAUACGGCUGCUUCGAAGCCACAUUCGAUCACAUUCCUCCUCAUCUCCUCAAAUCAGUUAUUCAUGAAACCAAACAACUCUUCGAUCUCCCUUUACCCAUCAAACUACGCAACAGGUCCAACAAACCCUACCAUGGCUACGUCGGUCAGUACUCCAUGGUCCCACUCUACGAGAGCCUCGGGAUCGCCGACGCCCUCUCCCCGGGCGAAAUCGAAGCCUUCGCCGCCCUCAUGUGGGCCCAAGGCAAUCCCUCCUUCAGCAAGAGUGUGGAGUCUUUUUCGGAGAAAUUGUCGGAAUUGGACAAGAUAGUUCGGAAAAUGGUUGUGGAGAGCCUUGGACUAGAAAAGUACAUGGAUGAGCACAUGGAUUCCACCAACUACCUCAUUCGACUCCAGAAAUACGAUAGGCCUCGAAGCCACGAGACUGAGCUAGGAUUAUCAUCCCACACCGACAAGAACAUCGUAACAAUCUUGUACCAGAAUGAGAUCAACGGAUUGGAAGUCCUCACCAAAGAUGGACACUGGUUUACUUCUCAACCAUCACCUAACUCUUUCGUCGUCAUGAUUGGAGAAUCCUUUUCUGUAAGUUUUCUUAAUCAACUCGCAUGGUACGGUACCCUAAAAAAGUAUACAGUUAAGCUUAUGAAUUGGGUGCAGGCAUGGACAAACGGGAGGCUGCACGCUCCUUACCACAAGGUGAUGAUGAGCGGAGACGAAGCUCGAUACUCAAUUGGAUUGUUUUCGGUUCCUAAACCGGGUUACAUGAUAAAGGCUCCCGAAGAGAUGGUGGAUGAAGAACAUCCUCUACUCUUCAACCCCUAUGAUCAUCAUCGCUUUCUUCAAUUCUACUAUACCGAAGCUGGCCAGAAAUCCCCAGCUGCUCUCAAAGAAUAUUGUGGACACUAAACUCUCAAAAUUGUCUGCUCAUUUCAUCCAAGUUUGUGUGUAUUCCAUCACUUUCUAUGUAUAAUAAAGAUUGUUUGCUUGCUCCUA